CAGAGGCGCAACAACCUGUGAGAUUUCGAGUCAUCAUCGAUCACGACAUCAAGAAGAUAACUUUCCAAAAUGGCCUCCCUUCAUCUGUGGAGGACUUGAUAAAAGUGUUUCAACAAGCGUUUUCCAUCACCACAGCCAUAGGUCUCCAGUACAAAGAUGCUGACUUUGAUGACUUCUUCACGCUUACCUCUACAAGUGAUUUGAAGGAUAAAGACACACUCAAAGUCGUGCACAUGCCACCAGGCAUAAUAAUGACCACGGUCCGUCAGGAACCCAACCCAGACACAUCUGAUGUGUCCUCUGUGGAUGACAUGCUCUCUGUGGACUCACAAGACAAUCUGAUCCCCAGUCCCCCUGUCACUGAGAGGCACAACCUCUGGCCCACCAUCUUUCCCAUCCCAACCUUCUCCUACAACACUGAGAUGGCUCUGAGGCAAGGCAACGAGAAGUUUCUAAAAGAUGGAACCCUGCUGACAUCCCCCAGUGUCAAAUCAGACAUUCUGGAGCGUCUGGCAGAGGCCAUGUUUUCCUACACAGCUUAUCCCAAUGACCCACAGAGGACCGCUGUUGCACAGGCACUAAUAGAGAAGCAUCCCUGCUUGAGGGAGCCUGGCUCUUUUAACGGAUGUUACGGAUGGCAGCAGAGCUUGAAGUACAAAUGUGCAAACUACCGGAGCAAACUUAAAGCUCACGGAAACCCCGAACUGCUGAUAAAUACAAUGAAACACAAGCAGGAGGGUGAUAGAAAACCUGCCAAAAAUAUCAAGAAACCGAGGAAAUCUGAGGUUAACUACCUUCCGCCACACCCAGCCGGAGAAACAGACGACAGCCUGGAGAAUUUGAGACUGGAGCUCAUUGAAGCAAGCAGGACAAAGGACAACGUUCAGAGGAUAAAUGACAUGAUGUCCAGAACAUACAGCUGUAGAAGAAGGGAAGUGGUUGGCCAGGCCAUGCAUGUGACAGAAUUCAAGGAGCGAUGGCCUGCCCUCUUUGAUCCAAAACAG